CGCAAUACAACCGUAACUGGUUGGUUGGGAACAACUGGUGAACCCACUACAACCGUAACUGGUUGGUUGGGAACAACUGGUGAACCCACUACAACCGUCACUGGUUGGUUGGGAACAACUGGUGAACCCACUUCAACCGUCACUGGUGUGUCAACAACAACUGGUGAACCCACUACGACCGUAACUGGUUGGUUGGGAACAACUGGUGAACCCACUUCAACCGUCACUGGUGUGUCAACAACAACUGGUGAACCCACUACGACCGUCACUGGAGCAUCAACAACAACUGGUGAACCCACUACGACCGUCACUGGUUCAUCCAGAACAACUGAUGAACCCACUACAACCGUGUCUGGCGCAUCGACAACAACUGGUGAACCCACUACAAAUGUCAUUGACGCAUCGACAGAAACUGGUGAACCCACUACAUCCGUCACUGAUUCAUCAACUACAGCUGGUGAACCCACUAUGACCGUCACUGGUGUGUUGACAACAACUGGUGAACGCACUACAAUAUUCACUGGUGUGUUGACAACAACUGGUGAUCCCACUACAACCAUCAUUGAUGCGUCGACAACGACUAGCGAACCCACUACAACCAUUACUGGUCCAUCAACAACUACUGCUACAGCUGCACCCACAACAACCGUCGCUAGCGCARCAAAUGCCAGCCCAACUACAACAGCUACUCCUGUCAUCACUACUGCCAUCAUCACAGCCACGACAGCUGCAACCACCGCUGCUGCAAUCACUAGGGUUUCUGUGGUGUUCKGGUCCAGAGAGACGUUUACCUCUGACCUAUCAAACCCAUCAUCUCAGGCCUUUCAAACCCGAGCAUUACUGAUUAAAACUCAGCUUGAACCUUUCUAUCGAACAGCUUUCACCUCUUUCAACAGUUUGACGGUGACAGAAUUCAGCUCUGGAUCCAUCAUCAAUACUGUAAAUGUAGCAUUCAGCUCCCCCUCUGUCCCUAAUAUCACAGAGAUUGGCACUGUUUUGAUAAAUGCUGCGCAUAACAUCACAGCUUUGGACAUUGACCCCUCCUCAGUGACAGUCAACAGCACAGCUGCUCCUGCAACAAGUACUGUUCCUCCUACAACUUCUGUUACUACCACUGUGGCUGGUGCUACCACCACAACAACUGGAGAACCUGUCACUGUUCCUGCUACCGCCCACAACUACAACCACUACAUAUGUGGCCCCCACAACUACAGUGUCAAGGACAACAUCACCACUGUCAACAACUACCAGCACAGCUCCAACUACCACAACAACCAACGCACCAGCCACUACUACAACACCUACUACUACAACAGCACCUACUACUACUACUACUAG